UGAGAGCGUUGCAGGAACGUUGUGUGCUGGCACACUCAUAACAUCAUGCCUGUGUCAAGCGUCCAUGUAGCGUUCCCCUCCGUUCGACAGUCUCUGCUGCUGCUUGCCGCCACCGUCCUGCUCGCCAAUGCCGAGUCACCACCAAAGUUCUUACGAACCCCUAAUGAUCAAACGGGCGUUCAGGGCGGCGUUGCCUCAUUUAUCUGCCAGGCGACGGGCGACCCACGGCCCAAGAUCGUGUGGAACAAGAAGGGGAAGAGAGUGAGCAACCAGCGCUUUGAGGUAGUAAUAGAGUUCGAUGACGGCUCGGGCUCCGUGCUGAGAAUCCAGCCGCUGCGGACGCCUCGUGAUGAAGCCAUUUACGAGUGCGUCGCCUCCAACAGUGUUGGGGAGACGAGUGCCACCACACGACUCACUGUUUUACGUGAGGAUCAGCUGCCCGCUGGUUUCCCCACCAUAGACAUGGGUCCUCAGCUAAAGGUGGUGGAACGCACACGGACCGCCACCAUGCUAUGUGCUGCUAGCGGCAAUCCUGAUCCAGACAUCUCCUGGUUCAAAGACUUCCUCCCCGUCAACACCACUAACAACAACGGGCGAAUCAAACAGCUGCGAUCAGAGUCCUUUGGUGGUACACCAAUAAGAGGAGCACUGCAGAUCGAACAGAGUGAGGAAUCGGACCAGGGGAAGUACGAAUGCGUCGCAACCAACAAUGACGGCACGCGUUAUUCCGCACCUGCUAAUCUAUACGUCAGAGUGCGACGAGUUCCGCCACGGUUCUCCAUUCCCCCAACGGAUAAUGAAAUCAUGCCCGGGGGCAGUGUGAAUAUCACCUGUGUGGCGGUAGGGUCACCCAUGCCCUACGUCAAAUGGAUGCUGGGGUCAGAAGAUUUGACUCCUGAAGAUGACAUGCCCAUAGGGCGAAACGUACUGGAACUUACUGACGUCCGGCAGUCGGCCAACUACACGUGUGUCGCCAUGUCAACGCUGGGCGUUAUAGAGGCGGUUGCACAAAUCAUGGUAAAAGCUUUACCGAAACCACCAGGUGUACCCCAGGUAACAGAGCGCACGGCGACAAGCAUCACACUGACAUGGGAUUCUGGUAAUCCCGAGCCUGUUUCCUAUUACAUCAUCCAACACAAGCCCAAAAACACAGAGGACACUUAUAAAGAAAUUGACGGUGUUGCAACCACGCGAUAUAGCGUAGGUGGGCUUAGCCCUUACUCGGACUACGAGUUUAGAGUAGUUGCCAUAAACAACAUUGGACGCGGGCCUCCCAGUGAAGCCAUCGAGGCCAAAACAGCGGAGCAGGCGCCGAGUACCGCCCCGAGGCAAGUCAGAGGGCGAAUGCUAAGCGCCACGACUGCCAUCAUCCACUGGGAUGAACCAGAAGAAGCCAAUGGACAGAUUACGGGCUACAGGGUUUACUACACCACCGAUCCAAGCCAACAUGUCAACCAAUGGGAGAAACAGAUUGUUAGGACUUCCAACUUCCUUACCAUACCAGGCCUGACGCCAAAUAAGACUUACUACAUCAGAGUCCUGGCCUUUACCUCGGUAGGAGACGGACCUCUCUCAUCAGAUUUACAGAUCAUCGCCAAAACCGGAGUGCCCUCUCAACCAACGGACUUUAAAGGUGAAGCCAAAUCAGAGACGAGUAUUCUGCUGUCGUGGAACCCCCCCUCUCAGACAGGACAAGACAAUCAAAUCAUUGGAUACGAGCUGCUCUAUAAGAAAGGAGAUGAUAAAGAAGAGAAACGUGUUAGCUUUGAGCCCACCACAACUUAUUUACUGAAAGAUCUGAAGCCAUUCACAACCUACACCUUCCUGCUGGCCGCUCGCAGCAAACACGGUAUCGGCGCGUACACCAACGAGAUUUCUGCCGAGACACCUCAGACACAGCCCUCAGCUCCGCCUCAGGAGGUCAAAUGUACCAGUCCGAGUUCUACCAACAUUCUGGUAAGUUGGAAGCUGCCACCGGUGGAGCUUCAGAACGGGAUCAUCACCAGUUACACCAUCCAGUAUGGAGCGACAGAAGGGGACGAUACCAUGUUACGCCAAAUCUCGGACAUACCACCGGAAAAGACCCAGUAUCUCUUGGAAAACUUGGACAAAUGGACAGAAUACCGUGUGACUGUGAGCGCCCACACUGAAGCAGGAGAAGGCCCUGAGAGUUUUCCACAGCUAAUCCGUACGGAGGAGGAUGUGCCCAGUGGCCCUCCUCGUAAAGUCGAGGUGGAGACUGUCAACUCAACGUCUGUUAAAGUGUUGUGGCGGUCGCCAGUGCCGAGCAGACAGCACGGCCAGAUCCGUGGGUACCAGGUGCACUAUGUCAGGAUGGUUAAUGGGGAACCCGUCGGGCACCCUGUCAUCAAGGACAUCCUAAUUAAUGAUGCUCAGUGGGAAUAUGACGACUCAACUGAGCAUGAAUUAGUCCUCGCUGACUUGCAUGCAGAGGCCACGUAUUCAGUGACCGUAGCUGCUUACACAACCAAAGGCGACGGAGCACGCAGCAAACCCAAGUUGGUCACCACCAGCGGAGCCGUUCCCGAAAAGCCUCGUCUCAUGGUGAGUCCAACAAACAUGGGCACCGCUCUGCUGCAGUGGCACCCACCGCCCAACACGUACGGCCUGCUGCAAGGCUACCGCCUUCGAUUUGGCCGCAAGGACGUGGAGCCCCUCACUGUGAUCGAGUUCUCGGAGCGUGACAACCAUUAUACCACCAAAGAAAUCCACAAGGGGGCGUCCUACACGUUUCGCCUCUCGGCACGCAACAAGGUGGGAUUCGGGGAGGAAACGGUUAAGGAGAUCACCACACCUGAGGACACACCUUCCGGUUACCCACAAGGCAUCGUAGCCAAAAGUAGUACAACAACUACCAUUCAGGUCAGCUGGCAGCCCGUGACGUUAGCAGAGCGUAAUGGAGCCAUCGUCAAAUACGCCCUACAAUACAAAGACAUCAACAGUCCUCGCAGUCCUUCUGAACUGUUUAUUACCACACCUGAGUCCACAGUUAUGCUGGAUGGCCUUAAAGCAGACACAACAUAUGAUAUUAAAAUGUGUGCCUUCACCAGUAAGGGUCCUGGCCCUUACAGUCCUAGUGUCCAGUUCAGAACGCAACCCAUCCACCAAGCAGUGUUUGCAAAAAAUUUUCACGUGAAAGCUGCCAUGAAGACAUCAGUGUUGCUUACAUGGGAGAUUCCCGAGAACUACAAUCCUGCUCAACCUUUUACUAUCUUGUAUGAUAACGGACAAAGCGUCGAGGUGGAUGGCAAGCUAACACAAAAACUCAUAACCAACCUUCAACCGGAGACGCAGUACUCCUUCCUGCUAACUAAUCGUGGAAACAGCGCCGGCGGGCUACAGCACCGCGUAUCCACCAUGACAGCACCUGACAUACUUCGCACCAAACCAUACCUGAUCGGCAAGACCAGUUCAGAUGGCAUGGUCACGGUCGAGCUACCGACGGUGCAGACAGCAGAGAAAGUAAAGGGAUACUACAUCGUGGUGGUCCCACUGAAGAAACAACGACCAGGAAAGUUCAUCAAACUCUGGGACAAUCCUGACGAGAUGAACUUGGAAGAGUUGUUACGAGAAAUCAACCAAACGAGUCACGUUCUUCGGUUCCGUAGGCAGCUGGAGUUGAAGCCGUACAUCGCUGCGUAUUUCCGCGAGCUGCCCACCGAGUUUACGCUUGGAGACUCCAAGAUGUAUGGUGACUUUGAGAACAAGCAGCUGUUGAAUGGACAGGAAUACGUCUUCUUUGUGCUGGCUGUGUUGGAGAUCUCCGAAAAUAUGUUGUACGCGGCGAGUCCAUACUCGGAUUCGGUGGUAUUUGCUGACAUCGACCCGCAGCCGAUUAUCGAUGAAGAAGAGGGUCUGAUCUGGGUCGUGGGACCCGUGCUUGCCGUUAUCUUCAUCAUCUGCAUCGUCAUCGCCAUACUGCUGUACAAAAGCUUUCACUGGAGCAGUCAGCCAGACAGGAAACGGGCAGAGUCAGAGGCGAGGAAAGGCAGUCUGCCCAGCAGUAAAGAACUGCCCUCACAUCACCCAACUGAUCCUGUGGAGUUACGCCGGCUCAACUUCCAAACGCCUGGUUCAGCUGCAUCGGUUUACCCCAGUAACCUUCAUUUGUCAAGGAUGGCCAGUCACCCCCCAAUUCCGAUCAUGGAGUUGGCCGAUCACAUCGAACGUCUCAAAGCAAACGACAACUUGAAGUUUUCGCAGGAGUAUGAGUCGAUUGACCCCGGUCAGCAGUUCACAUGGGAGCAUUCAAACCUAGAGGUCAACAAACCAAAGAACAGAUACGCCAACGUCAUCGCCUACGACCACUCCAGAGUUCUGCUGUCUGCCAUCGAUGGUAUUCCAGGUAGCGAUUACAUCAACGCAAACUACAUCGACGGCUACCGCAAACAGAAUGCCUACAUCGCCACUCAAGGCGCGCUGCCCGAGACCUUUGGGGAUUUUUGGCGUAUGAUUUGGGAGCAGCGGAGCGCAAAUAUCGUCAUGAUGACCAAACUGGAGGAAAGAUCGCGGGUAAAGUGUGAUCAGUACUGGCCCAACAGAGGAACAGAAACCUACGGACUAAUUCAGGUCACUCUGCUGGACACAGUGGAGCUCGCCACAUACUGUGUCAGGACGUUUGCACUUUACAAGAACGGUUCCAGCGAGAAGCGAGAGUUUCGGCAGUUCCAGUUCACAGCGUGGCCGGAUCACGGCGUUCCGGAACAUCCCACGCCAUUUCUAGCUUUCCUGCGCAGGGUGAAAUCCUGCAACCCGCCCGACGCGGGACCCAUGGUCGUGCACUGCAGUGCCGGCGUGGGUCGGACAGGUUGUUUCAUCGUAAUCGACGCCAUGCUGGAGCGCAUUAAACAUGAGAAAACAGUGGACAUCUACGGCCACGUGACGCUCAUGCGUGCGCAGAGGAACUACAUGGUCCAGACGGAGGAUCAGUAUGUCUUCAUUCAUGACACGCUGCAGGAGGCAGUGAACUGCGGAACCACCGAAGUUCCCGCCCGGAACUUGUACACCUACAUCCAGAAACUAACGCAGAUUGAGUGCGGCGAGAACGUCACGGGAAUGGAGCUGGAGUUUAAGCGGUUAGCAAACACAAAAGCUCACACGUCACGGUUCAUCAGUGCAAAUCUGCCCUGCAACAAAUUCAAAAACCGACUAGUUAACAUCAUGCCGUACGAGUCCACACGAGUCUGCCUGCAGCCAAUCAGAGGAGUCGAAGGCUCCGAUUACAUCAACUCUAGCUUUAUUGAUGGAUACAGGCAACAGAAAGCAUAUAUCGCCACACAGGGUCCUUUAGCUGAAACCACAGAAGAUUUCUGGCGGAUGCUUUGGGAGCACAACUCCACAAUCGUAGUGAUGCUAACCAAACUCCGAGAGAUGGGAAGAGAAAAAUGUCAUCAGUAUUGGCCCGCGGAGCGUUCAGCACGGUAUCAGUACUUUGUGGUGGAUCCAAUGGCAGAAUACAACAUGCCCCAAUAUAUCCUGAGAGAAUUUAAAGUGACAGACGCCAGGGACGGACAGUCACGAACCGUCAGGCAGUUUCAGUUCACGGACUGGCCGGAACAGGGCGUGCCUAAAUCAGGGGAGGGCUUCAUUGACUUCAUUGGCCAAGUGCACAAAACAAAAGAGCAGUUUGGUCAGGACGGACCCAUCUCGGUCCACUGCAGUGCUGGUGUGGGCCGGACCGGAGUCUUCAUCACACUGAGUAUUGUUCUGGAGAGGAUGAGAUAUGAAGGUGUGGUGGACAUCUUCCAGACGGUCAAGAUGUUACGGACACAGCGGCCAGCCAUGGUGCAGACCGAAGAUCAGUACCAGUUCUGUUACCGGGCAGGGUUGGAGUAUCUCGGGAGCUUCGACCACUAUGCAACAUAAGACCGUCGUCAGGGAGACGAAACGGCCAUCGGACAUCCAGAGGUCAUUUAAUUCUUCUGAGCCAUAAUUACCUGCUUGUGAAAAGAACUUCAACUCUUCGUCCACAACUCGAUUACUUGUUGGAUGUGCAACGUAAAACUAGAAAUACUUACAAACCACAAUAACGCAAAAAUACAACUCUCCAGCUGGACCAAGAAAAAUGAACCCGAUCUGAUUUCAAAUUAAUUAAAGAAAUAAUAGUAAUAAUCAUCGUUUCUGACAGGUGAAUCUAGACUGUUGAAGCAUCGUGUGGAAUAAUCGCUUGCUUCGAGGAUUCAUGAAAACGAACAUUCUGGAGUGAACGAACACACAUGUUGUGACACGGGGAGCUCAAUACACGUUGUAAAGAGGGAUUUUUGUUGUUGUUGAUGAUGUUCCACAAUCAGUACGAGGAGAAAUUUCACUGACAGCGAGAGGAGACUUCAUCAUCAUAAUCAGAGAAGAAAACGAAACAAACGGACACAACGAAAAGUAAUAAUUACAACACGCUGAUCGUUAGAUUAACACAGAUAACACUUUUUAUUUUAUUUUUUAUGUGUGACCCAUGUUUUUUUUUUUUAUAUAUACUUUUUACCAUGUUUAUUUUAUUGUAUUUUUUUUCAAGCCGUAGACGUCCUUCCUACACGCUCUUUAUUAUUUUUUUUUGCCAUUCUGUUUGCACACACACACACACACACACACACACACACUAAAUCAUGGGAGGGGGGGCAGAGUAUAAAGGUUCGAAGAUAUCGAAGUUCUUCCAUGAGCAGAGAAAGUUUAACAGAGAUGAUGUCUUCAUUUAUGUAACGUUAAAAUGUAUAUUCAUGAAACAUGAUUAAUAUGUGAGGAUAUAUAGAUAUAUAUAGAUAUAUAAAUGGAUAAUAUAUGAAAAUGAUGGUUGAGAGAAGUUUUCCGCUGGAAUGCACAUCAGAAUGACGGACAAAUACAGACUCGAGUUCAACGCAUCUUUUCUUGUGCAAUAAAUAGAUGGUUUCUGGCCGAGGGGUACGAUCGCCAUCGAUUCAGUUCAUGGGUCAAAGGUCAUUGUGGUCCAUCCGUUAGGGAGCAGGUACAAAGACGUCACGUUCCGACAGUGCGUGUUUUCAUUCUUUUGCAUUUAGAGUGCCUUAUAUUUAUGCCUGUUCUUUUGUACGAUAUUCAUGUACCAGUUCAGUAGGCCGUGUACGAUUUAUCAAUUGAUUUCCCUCGUGUACCAAUUUCUAUUAUAUGAAAUUAUAUAUGCAAAUACGUAAUUCCAUCAUUCAUGUUUUAAGUUCUGUGGCCUUAUGUGACUCAGAUAUAAAAGAAAAAAAGGUUAAGGGUAACGGCAAAACGAGUGAAAUAAAAGUGUUCAAGGCCCGAUACUGUUAAACCAUUUAUUUUUGUAAUCAUUCAUUGAAAUGACAUUUGAUUUCCAAUAUGGCACGUGUCGCUAAUAAUAAUAAAAAAAAAAUAAAAAAAAACUAGCUUUAGCAUCGGACUUCUCAUCAGUUUCGCAAAUAUAGAAUUUCAAUUUUCGGUGUGAGAAACUGUGGUUUCAGUGCAUAACAAAUAAUCACAAUAAACAUAUAGUUAAUAUAACGAAGUUCUUUGGACGUAAUUCUGAAAAUCCAGCAAAGCUCUAGAUGUUGUGAAUAUUUUAACCGAUAUUUGAGACACUUUUCAUGGGCUUUGUGGAUGUGCAUUCCAGACGCUUUAUUUUCCCCCUUUCUUGUUUCGAAGAUUGUUUUAUUAUCAGUCUGAAAUCACUUUUACGAUGUUUUUAAUUCUUUUACUUGAAAUGUUUUCAUGCUCUCACAAUGUCGAGCAACAAGAAGCUGAUGGUGUUACGUAGCUACUGUCAGCGCCAUCUAGUGUCCAGCGCUUCGAGCUGCUCCGCAUCGGUUUUCUUUGCGUUCUGGAUCUAAUUUGAAUAUGCAUGAGUCAAACAGCAUUGGGGGCGAGUAGGAAGAAUUGCACUUUGUAUCUCUUUAUCUCUAUGCACUGCCCUACUGAUUUCGCACCCCAUUACAGAUUUUACUUGAACCUGACUGUACGAAUCUCCUUCAAACUUUGUGUGUAUGUAAAUAACACAGAAAAGAGACUGCCCA